AUGUCAUCCCAAGGUGAAUGUCUUUCUCAACGGACUGCAUUUCAUACUGCUGGUAGUCAUAAACCGAUUGAAGUAAAACAACAAUCAUUAGCUCGUGUUGCUCAGAUUAUGGGUACAGUCGGUGAAGAUAAUGAAAAUACUAAUGAAAAUAAAAAUAAUGAUUUAUCUGAAAAUGAAAAUGAAUUUGAUGGUGAUGAAGUUGAUGAUGAUCUUGUAUUUAGUACAGUACCACAACGAUCAACAAUUGCCACAACAUCAAAAAUACAUUUUGAUGAAAUUGAUGAUGAUGAAAUGCGUCGUUUUGCUGAAUCAUUUGAACAAGAACAACAAGACACUAAAAUGGAUGAUAAUGAUCGACUUGGUGAUGAUGAUGAUGAUGAUGAUCAACUUUGUCAAGAGUAUGCACGUAAAAUGCAAACACCAACAAAAUCCAUACAAAUUGAAAAUAAUAAAAGAAAAGAACCAUGUAUUGAAGAUCUUGAUGCACUUCUAAAUGAUAAUGAUAAUGAUGAAUAUAAUAUUGAAAAUAGAAUGGAACAACAACAACAAAUGUCACCUGUUUUUAAAAAGAAACCAUAA